AUGAACAAGUAUAAAGAAGCAGUUGAUGUCCUUGAAUUUGGACGAUACUGGAACAGACCAAGCAAGACAAGUUUCAGCGUGGGAAACAUCUACAACUACCUUCACAACAAGCACUCCGCCCUAAAGCAAGAAAAAACCACUCCAUUCCAAUCAACCAAAAUGCAUUUCAACCUCACCAACUUCCUCACCAUUACCUCAGCCCUCGCCGCCCCCUUCGGCAUCGGCGCCAACAACCGCCACCACCCCGCCAAAAUGACCGAGUUGAAGACCAUGCAGAUGGCUCCCAACGAGACCGCCCUCGGCCACGCCGUCGUGUCCAACCGCUGCAACAUCCCCAUCUUCCUCUGGUCCGUUGGUGAGAACAUCAGCCAGCAGAACACGGUCCAGCCGAACCACACCUACUCCGAGCUGUUCAGACGCGACCCCAAGACCGGCGGCAUUGCGAUCAAGAUCACCACCGUCAGAGACGGGCUCUACACCAGUGCUCCGCAGACCGUGUUUGCGUACAACCUCGUUGAGAAUCUCGUCUGGUAUGAUCUGUCCGAUGUCUUUGGUGAUCCGUUCAUGGGCGAAUUCGUGAGCCUCUUGCCUUCCGAGCCCGCCAUUCGCUGGGAGGAGGGCGUUCCGCCCCGUGGAAGUCAGGUUCGGAUGCUGGAUGCAACGACUGAUUUGAUUCUCACGGUCUGCUAA